AUGGAGGUAGCGGGACGUACGGCGCUGGUGCUGGGCACCGUAGUCAAGCUCCUGCUAUGGCCUGCGUACCAUUCGACGGACAUGGAGGUGCAUCGCAAUUGGCUCGCGAUCACAUACAGCCUGCCGCUUCGUGAAUGGUACAUUGACGCGACGUCGCCAUGGACGUUGGACUAUCCGCCCUUCUUUGCCUAUUUCUCGUGGGUACUCGCACAGCCUGCCGCCUGGCUUGAUCCAGUCAUAGUCGAUGUGAAGCGUGGUCUAGAGUAUGCGGCAUGGAGCUGCAAGGCCUACAUGCGCUUUACCGUGCUAGCGACGGAAAGUGUGCUAGGCGUGGCGCUGUACCUACUCGUGGGCCAGGCGACAGAGCCUGGGCAACAGCUCAUGCUGUACAGUGUGCUCUUGCACCCUGGCUUGCUCAUGGUCGAUCAUAUUCAUUUCCAGUACAAUGGCUUCCUUUUUGGUGUCUUGUUUUUGGCGUUAUGGGCCGCUCAGACGCAGCGUCCUUUGUUGUGUGCCUGGCUCUUUGCCUCGUUACUCCAGUACAAGCAUUUGUUCAUCUACAUUGCACCAGCUUUCACGAUCUACUUACUGCGCGCAUACCUCUUUCCUACACUGCCCACGUCGCCAGCAGCGCUUAGCGCCGCGUUGGAUCGGACGAUCAAGCUGGGGACAGCCACGCUCACUCCGUUUGCUCUGAGUCUUCUUCCAUUUGUGUGGGAUGCUUUGGGCACAUCCAUCUCGCCUUCCCAGGUCCUCACAGCGAUGUGGGCACGACUCUUCCCUUUCGACCGUGGGCUCAUGCAUGCGUACUGGGCGCCGAACGUGUGGGCCCUCUACGCCGCGUUCGAUCGCGUAUUGCUGCGCUGGCAGGGCCGCGUCUUGGCCUCGACCUCGCGGGGCAUGGUCGGCGAUACAGUGUUUGGCGUGCUUCCGACCGUACCGCCACUGACCUGUUUUGCCUUGGCACUGUCGUGCAUUCUCGUGUACCUCGGUCCCGUAUGGCGUACGCCGAACUUCACGACGCUCCUCGGGUGUGUCACACUGUGUGCCAUGACAUCCUUUGCCGUGGGCUGGCACGUCCAUGAAAAGGCCAUUUUGAUGGCAGUACUUCCUCUCAGUCUGCUCGCACACCGCUCGUAUGCGUACUGGCGGACGUAUCAACUGCUAACGGCGGUGAGCAUUGUGAGCCUCUUCCCCUUGCUGUUCACGCACUUUGAGACGCCCAUCAAGCUGAUCUACGCAGCCGUAUGGUACGUCAUUGUCGUCCGUGGAAUGAGCCGUCGUGUACUACGCCCUAUGCCGUCGAACCUGGGCGAGAUUGUGCACUUUGCCGAGUCGGCGUACUUGCGCGGCCUCGUAGGCCUGGUCGUGCUUACGAAUAUCGUCGUCCCCCUAUGGCAAGGCCUAGCGCCCUCCACGUUGUCGUUGGCGCAUCGCUAUGCAUUCCUUCCUCUCAUGCUCACUAGCGUGUACUGUGCACUUGGAUUUGUCUAUGGCUGGCUCCGUUUAUCCAUGCUGUACUUACAAGAAUAG